AUGCAGGAAGUGAGUUUUCAUCGACUGCUGCAGUCUCCCAGUGUCCGUGGAGAUCAGGCUCUCUUCAGAUACGGAGACAGUUCCACCGGAGGGGGAGUAUAUAGAGGAACACAGGGGUCUGUACAAGGUCGUGAUGAUGGAGAAUCACCGGCCCCUCACAUCACUGGAUGGGCCCAGUAACAGAGAUACCCCAGAGAGAUGUCCCCGUCCUCUGUAUUCCCAGGACUGUACAGAGGAGAAUCACAGGAUCGCACAGGAGGAUCAGGUAGAACGUCUUUCUCGUAUAAAGGCAGAAGAUAUAGAGGGAGAAGAAGAGAUGUAUGUGACUGAUAUAAAGGUAGAAGAUAUAGAGGGAGAAGAAGAGACAUAUGUGACUGAUAUAAAGGCAGAAGAUAUAGAGGGAGAAGAAGAGACGUAUGUGACUGAUAUAAAGGUAGAAGAUAUAGAGGGAGAAGAAGAGACGUAUGUGACUGAUAUAAAGGCAGAAGAUAUAGAGGGAGAAGAAGAGACGUAUGUGACUGAUAUAAAGGCAGAAGAUCCAGAGGGAGAAGAAGAGACGUAUGUGAGGGGUGAUCAGCAGUGUAAGGAGGAGGAGAUCCCUACAGAUAUCAGCACAGGCUCUUCCAGAGAUACGGAGACAGUUCCGACGGAGGGGGAGUAUAUAGAGGGAUACAGAGGUCAUUACAAGGACGUGAUGAUGGAGAAUCACCGGCCCCUCACAUCACUGGAUGGGCCCAGUAACAGAGAUACCCCAGAGAGAUGUCCCCGUUCUCUGUAUUCCCAGUAUUGUACAGAGGAGAAUCACAGGAUCCCACAGGAGGAUCAGGUAGAACGUCUUUCUCGUAUAAAGGCAGAAGAUAUAAGGAGAGAAGAAGAGACGUAUGUGGCUGAUAUAAAGGAAGAAGAUAUAGAUGGAGAAGAAGAGACGUAUGUGGCUGAUAUAAAGGCAGAAGAUAUACAGGGAGAAGAAGAGACGUAUGUGACUGAUAUAAAGGAAGAAGAUAUAGAGGGAGAAGAAGAGACGUAUGUGGCUGAUAUAAAGGCAGAAGAUAUACAGGGAGAAGAAGAGACGUAUGUGACUGAUAUAAAGGAAGAAGAUAUAGAUGGAGAAGAAGAGACGUAUGUGACUGAUAUAAAGGCAGAAGAUAUAGAGGGAGAAGAAGAGACGUAUGUGACUGAUAUAAAGGCAGAUGAUACAGAGGGAGAAGAAGAGACGUAUGUGACUGAUAUAAAGGUAGAAGAUUUAGAGGGAGAAGAAGAGACGUAUGUGACUGAUAUAAAGGCAGAAGAUAUAGAGGGAGAAGAAGAGACUUAUGUGACUGAUGUAAAGGCAGAAGAUAUAGAGGGAGAAGAAGAGACGUAUGUGACUGAUAUAAAGGCAGAAGAUACAGAGGGAGAAGAAGAGACGUAUGUGAGGGGUGAUCAGCAGUGUAAGGAGGAGGAGAUCCCUACAGAUAUCAGCACAGCAGAUGGACACACAAGCAGGAAUAUCACAGAAGGACAUCUAAUGUUAUCCCUGGAUUCUGAAAUAACCAAUUAUGACAGUAGACAGUAUUCUCCAGGAGCUAACCCCAUUACCCCAAUUAUACAUCCAGCUCUAUCAGCUGAUCCCUCUGAUCCUGGGAAAUGUUCUCCUGAUCACUCUGAUAUUGGUGCAUCUGUUACAGCUCUGAGAGUAGAUACAGUGUUUCCCUGGUCUAUAGAUGCCAAAUGUUUUACACAGAACACAAACCUUAUUACUCAUCAGCCAGCUAAGGCAGGUGAGAGGCCAUUUCCAUGUUCUGAGUGUGGGAAAUGUUUUACAUAUAAAUCAUAUCUUGUUAGACAUGAGAGAAGUCACACAGGUGACAUGCCAUAUUCCUGUUCUGAGUGUGGGAAAUGUUUUGCACAGAAAUUACAUUUUGUUACACAUCAGAGAAGUCACACAGGUGAGAAGCCGUAUUCCUGUUCUGAGUGUGGGAAAUGUUUUUCAUCGAAAUACCAUCUUGUUAGUCAUCAGAGAAGUCACACAGGUGAGAAGCCAUAUUCCUGUUCUGAGUGUAGGAAAUGUUUUGCACGGAAAUCACAUCUUGUUAUACAUCAGAGAAGUCACACAGGUGAGAAGCCAUAUUCCUGUUCUGAGUGUGGGAAAUGUUUUUCAUCGAAAUCAGAACUUGUUAUACAUCAGAGAAGUCACACAGGUGAGAAGCCAUAUUCCUGUUCUGAGUGUGGGAAAUGUUUUGCACACAAAUCACAUUUUGUUAUACAUCAGAGAAGUCACACAGGUGAGAAGCCGUAUUCCUGUUCUGAGUGUGGGAAAUGUUUUUCAUCGAAAUACCAUCUUGUUAGUCAUCAGAGAAGUCACACAGGUGAGAAGCCAUAUUCCUGUUCUGAGUGUAGGAAAUGUUUUGCAUGGAAAUCAGCUCUUGUUAUACAUCAGAGAAGUCACACAGGUGAGAAGCCAUAUUCCUGUUCUGAGUGUGGGAAAUGUUUUUCAUCGAAACCAGAUCUUGUUAUACAUCAGAGAAGUCACACAGGUGAGAAGCCGUAUUCCUGUUCUGAGUGUGGGAAAUGUUUUGCACACAAAUCACAUUUUGUUAUACAUCAGAGAAGUCACACAGGUGAGAAGCCGUAUUCCUGUUCUGAGUGUGGGAAAUGUUUUGCACACAAAUCACAAUUUGUUAUUCAUCAGCAUGCUCACACAGGUGAGAUGCCAUUUUCCUGUUCUGAGUGUGGGAAAUGUUUCGCACAGAAAUCCGCUCUUGUUACACAUCAGAGAAUUCACACAGGUGAGAAGCCAUAUUCCCGUUCUCGGUGUGGGAAAUAAGCUCUUUUUUUUAAAUUGUGUAUUCUUUAUUGUAAGUUUUUUAACCCCCCCCCCCCCCCCCAAAAAAAAAAAAUACAACAAACAAUUAUUAAAAUACUUGUAACGAGCGCUAAAAAUUAUGAGAAUUAUAAGAAAGUGGCACCUGUAAGAAAGAUUUGUUAAUACAAAACGUGUUUACAGCUCCUUUUGGAGAAUUUGAGCUCAGUCCGUCACGAUUUCACAAAAUGUGGAAGUUCUAACUUUCCCUAACUACUAACCGGUACCAUGCAGGGCUCCAAGAUGUAGUAUGGUAAGUCCUCUUCUCCCGUGCCACUGCGUCCAGCGGUGGGAGAUCGCGGUUAGUUGUUAAGUCGCGGCUCGAUGACGUCACACUGCGGCUCGGCGUCAGGGAAUUCGGGACGGUCAAAUGGUAAACUGUAGCUCUGUGCCUCCAACGCGUUUUGUGCGUCACAAUCAUGGCAGAUACAGUAGAGCAUGCAAUAUGCCGACAGGAGUACUGUCAGACAAUGUAUACCAAAUAAAAUUACAAUACAUACCCAACAAAAACAGGAUAUAUAAAGCACUCAUCAGUAUAACAUUAAGCAAUAGGAGCACACAGGCGCCAUGUGAGCUCACAUAUCUAGGAUAAAGUGAGAGUAACCUAUAGCUGAGGAAUAUAGAGAUACAGAGAUAACUAUAUUGCAGGCCAUGAAUAGAAUAGGCAUAGAGUGAAGGAAUAUUGAAAAAAAUAUAUAUAAUUCCGGAGACAUCUGCCAUAAAUCUAAGCAGAAUAAAACAAAACCCUACAGUCUCUAACUAAAUCAAAACAAACCCCGCACCCUGUAUAACCUAACCCCAACCUAGGUAUACCUGGAUCCCCAUAACCCGCCCACCUAAGCUACUUAACUUGUCUAAGCCCUAAUCCCCACCCCAUACCCAAAAUGAGGAUAAAUAAAAUAGAUAUCUGACUGGGGCAACUGAAAAGAUAAUAUCAAAGGAUCUAACUCUAGUAGAACUUCCACGUAUAAACUUACAUAUGUGAACAUAAAAUAUGAAGGAUAGUGUUUGCUAUACCCAAUAGAUAUUCCAAUGCGUAUCUAGAUACAUAAGCUCUUAAAUGAACAUUUUUCAAAUUAAACAUAGUGUGUAACUAUGUAAUAAAGUUAGGCCGAUAAUAAGACAUACAAAAAACAUGAGAAUGGACAAUAUUUUACAGAGAAUCAGUGAGAAAAUAAAACAUAGCGAGGGUCCUGGCAACAGUGAAUCAGUACACAGACUUGGAAAGAAACAAAUUCAGUCUGGGGGACGGGCCCAUUCCGGAACCAUAUAGCCCAACAAUUCACAAACAGUAACCAGCAAACAAAUGGAGUCAUCAGCCAUCUUGUACAGCAUUAUCCAAGUAGAGAAGAGUAAAGGCCUCAGGUCCACAAAAAUUACAGAAUGGAAAUCCAUCCCCCUCCCUAGCACCUCAACGGACUGCAAUGUGAUACAGUACAGUUCUCCAGUGUUCAAAAAGUCACAUUUUGAGGCCCUGAAUGAGAUUACAGUGUGGGUCCACACAGUCCUAAUGACGAGAUGGAGGCUGCCGCUGACAUCCCAUGCACCAUCGGAAACCAGGAAUAACGGCGAAUACGCAUGGGAUUAAUCCGCAACUCCCCCAAUUUAUAACUUGUUGUGUAGCGGAACCCACAGGCUCACCCAAGGGCUCCGAGGGCAUCAACACAGGUAGGCAGGCAGACUGUUCAGGAGAAACGGGCACCGCAACAGUCUCUUCUCCAAACAUAGCAAGAAUCCUUUUCUCAGAUUCCAUAGCAGCCUUCAGGAUAGAGGAGGUUAGAUGUUCAGAGGUACUAGCAGGGUUAAACAUGGCUGCAGGGGGUGCCUCACCAAAGCCAGUAAUAUGUAAAGAAGCACAGAAUAGCAGAUAGAAAUAUUAGAAAGGUCCAGUCUCAAACAGUCAAUAUCAGAGGUAUGAAACGCAGAAGAAAUGGCAGUUCUGUGUGUUCAUGAUGAAGGAGACCUCAGUGUUCAGCAGAGAGCUAUAGUGAAAAAAAGGUGUGCGCUCACUAGGGAAGCAUAGGAGAGAAGUAAUGAAGUUCCUAGGGGCCCGGUCAAAAGAUGGCAUCUACGUGGCGGGAAAGCACUCUUAAUAAGCUGCUCACAGGGUCGGCCAAAAUGCAAGGAUUCCGCUCGCAAUAUAAGGCGACAGCAGCGGCACAGACACGGAGUUAAAAGCACCACUCAGAAGAAGCCGCCCCGCAUUCAGCUUGGGUAAAUAGUCGGGUAGUAGAAGUGGCGGAUCCGCAGCAGGUAAGUUUGGCCACAGUAAACAUGCGGUCAAUCCCGGUGAUGUAGUAGUCUCCCACCACAGCCAGUCAGUGCCAGCAGUCCCCGAAUCAGCAGCCCACCAGCCGGAGUGGUCAGGAGAGGAGAGCCGUAGCUGGAAGUGAACUUGCGCACAGCACAAUGUCAGGCAGUGAGGCCGGCCGCGACACCCAGGAUGUAGGCCACACUACGCAGCUCCGCAAUGCCAAGGUUUUUCUGCAGCUAGAGACAGCACAGACACCAAAAGAUGCAGCACACUGGAACACCCCUGUGGAGCAAUUUCCAACGAGAACGUAGUAGGGAGCAGGAUAUAUCAGCAGGAUGUUGGUCGGGAAAUAAGCUCUUGAUCGGCAUGAGAGAAGUCACACAGGUGAGAAGCCGUAUUCCUGUUCUGAGUGUGGGAAAUGUUUUGCACAGAAAUCACAUCUUGUUACACA